GGCACACAAGGCACCAUGCUCCUCGCUGAUACCUCAGCCUAGACCUCCACCCAUCAAAGAACGAAGUAAUAACCAGGGGGGACAUUUCAGGGAACAAACCUAGAGCUGCAUCGUCAGGAGAAACACCAGCAAGCAUGACUAAGUCAGAAGGAGCGAAGCCGGCUGGUGACCUGCAGGCUAAAGUGACGGGCGUAAAAAAGCUUUUGGCGCACUUCAAGAAGAAACUCACAAGCGUCAAGAAACAGCACAAAGAGGCCGAGAAGGCCCUCAAGAAAGUGCAAAAGCAAGCCGAGCAAGCAAAGAAGAAGAUGGGUGGCGACGACAAGAGCGACGACAACGACAGCGACAACAACGAGGCCAAAGACGGUGAUGAUGCCGAGGAAUGUGAUGCCGGAAGCGACACGAUGGGUGCCGAGGCCGGAGAUGGUGAUGGUGCCGAAGAGCUUGCUAGUUAACGGAGGGAAAUGUGAAGGCGAAGAGUGUGUUGCUGUCCCAGCACCACCGUACAACAAGUAGAAUUGCGGAUGCUGGAUUGGUGGCGCAACGAGCUCGCCGAAUCGAUGGCGUAUGCCCCGACCACAGAAGGAUUGGAGGACAUCUACGAUUGAUUGACUGCUGACACUGCUGUCAAGAUUCAUCGUGGUAGGGUUGUUCAUUUGACAGGCUGGUUCGUUCGACCAUGCUGCUUUGUGAUAUCGAAGGAGGACGAAGACGACAAACCAUGGUGAUUGGUUGCUCGGGUAACGCAUGAAUGGUUGCGUCAUCGAUCUCUGCUCUUGGCGUUAUCGCUACUGGAUGUAAUCCUUGGCUGGGGAAGACGAAGAAUGGGUAAAGAAGAGAACAAACAGCAGAAUAGUGACUUGCAAUUUUCGUGCGUGUCGGGGCCGCGACUAGAAGUAAAUAUGUUGCAGUCUGGGUGGACGCUCGAAAACGUUCACAGCUUGUGACCACCCGAAAGGUGGCGGAGGCGGUGCAUUGGGCGGAUCCGGCCGAAAGAACCGUGCAGAGGCUGUUCGUUCCAUUUUGUGGUCGCCGUGCAACCUGGUAGAUACCCCAUCUCGAGCUUCGCAAAGCAAC